AUGUUUUUAAAUGUUUUUAGAAUGUUUAGAAUGUUUGUUUGAUGUUUUUAUUAGAUGUUUGUCUAAUGUUUUUAGAUGUUUUUCGAUGUUUGUUUGAUGUUUUUGAUGUUUUUGAAUGUUUGUUUGAUGUUUGUUCAAUGUUUUUAGAUGUUUCUUUUCCUCCAUUUGUUUUUAGAAUGUUUUUCAAAUGUUUUUAA